UGGCGCGUUUGCGUAUAUAAAGCGCGUUGCGAAGGAAAUCAUCGUCGCUGGCUGCAUUAUCACAAAUACGGCUGUUUCCGACUGCUGGAUCGCAAUGCAGAUGAAGAAGCAUUCUCACCUAAUGAGUUAUUUAGGCAUGAAACAGAGUCCGGUCUCCCAGGAAUGAUGCGCACAUCUCUUCUUCAGGAUAGAAGAAAUAUUCCUCCUAAAAAUUACUGGAAUCCCACCAACAUGGACGCAGCCCCAUUCACGCCCUAUUUAGGCAUGAAUGGUCAACCAGGACCUAACCGUCACCCAUCCUAUGACUGGUCGGCUCGGCAACAUAGCAAUCGAUUUCUAAACCCACAAAGUUGGCCCAAUGAAAUCCCUUCCGAAUUUUGA